AGCUCCUCCGGGAAACACUGGCAGCCGUUUCAGACAACGCUUGGAUCUGCCAUUUUGUGACGGAGAUGUGCCGGCAGCUGAACAGCUACAAUGGAUUCCCCGCGGAGAAGAACUUUCUGUACAAGUGCAUCGGGACGACGCUCGGGGCGUGCGUGAGCAAAGAGCUGGUCCAGAAACAGCUGCAGGAGCUGCUGGAAACGGCCCGGUACAACGAGGAGGCGGAGUGGGAGGGGCUCGCUUCCUGCUUCGGGAUAUGUGCAAUAAAUCACCUGGAGGAAACGCUGGCCAAGCUGGAGGAUUUCGUGCGGUCCGAUGUCUUCAAGAAAUCCGUGGGGCUGUUCAGUAUCUUCAAGGACCGCAGUGACCACGAAGUGGAGAAGAUCAAGAGCGCCCUAAUCCUGUGCUACGGGUUCGUGGCCGCGCGCGCUCCCAGGGAGCUGCUGCUGUCCCGCGUCGAGGCCGACAUCCUGAGAAAUAUCUCCCAGUACUUCAGCACCAAGGUUCUGGGGAUAAAGGUAGAGACCAAGGUACAGUGUGGGGCGCUCAGUCUGCUCUGCUCUCUGCUCUGUCCUGCUCUCUCUACCUCUGGGCUUGGGGCUCGGGGUUGGGAGCUGGGAAUUUUCCUGAUCCUCAGCCCACGUCAGCAGGCAAAACUCGCUCAAAGGAAUUCUGUCCUGUUGGUUUUUUUUUGUUUGUUUUUGGUCUAAAUUUUGGGUGGUGCUGUGCAGAGCUGGGAGUUGGACGCGGAGAUCCUUAUGGGUCCUUUCCAGCUGGGGGUGUUCUGUGGUUCUACGAAUGCAUUUUGUUAGACCAGGACACGGAAAUCUGAC